AUGUCUGAGAUUAUUCAUAAUUGGAUCCAAAUCUCGCCUUCUUCUUCUUCAUCUGCUCCUCCUCCUAUUACCGUGAAUCAAUCGAGCAAAUCAUCUUCCGGUGGUAAUCGAAUAAGCCCAAUCGUUCUGUUCAUCAUCGUUCUCUUGUCCGUCGUCUUCUUCAUCUGCAGCGUUCUGCAUUUGGUUGUGAGAUAUUACUUGAAGAGGAAAAGAUCGAGCCUUUCGUCUUCAGCGGCGGAUUCCGAUCGAAACCCAGAAUUAUCCGACUCCGACACUUACCAAAGACAGCUUCAACAGCUGUUUCAUCUCCACGAUUCAGGUCUGGAUCAAGCUUUAAUCGACGCCCUUCCCGUGUUUCUCUACAAGGAAAUCAAAGGCUCGAAAGAGCCGUUCGACUGCGCGGUGUGUCUCUGCGAAUUCUCCGAGGACGAUAAGCUCAGAUUGCUCCCGAUUUGUAGCCACGCUUUCCACAUCGAUUGUAUCGACACAUGGCUUCUCUCGAAUUCGACAUGCCCGCUCUGCAGAGGAACCCUUUACCCACUGGGGCACCAAUUCGAGAACCCGGAUUUCAAUUUCGGGUUUUUCGCCGCCGGGGAAGAUGGAGCUCGGGUUUCUCCGGUGCAGAAACCGGCGGAGAAUGAGAUUGGGAAGAGGGUGUUCUCGGUGAGGCUUGGGAAGUUUAGAAGCAGCAAUAUUAAUAAUGGUGGUGAAGGAGGAGGAGGAGGAGAGACAAGUGGGUGUGUGAGUGUGAACAGCAAUCUUGAUAACAGGAGAUGCUUCUCGAUGGGGUCUUAUCAGUACAUAGUGGCUGAGUCGGAUCUGGUGGUGGCUUUGUGUCCUAAUAACGAAGGUCUGAAGAAUGUGAAAGAAGGAGAGAGUAAUGUCGAAGGGAAGAAGAUAAACAUGAGAAGUAAAGGUGAGAGCUUUUCUGUGUCAAAGAUUUGGCAAUGGUCUAAUAAAAGAUCCAAGUUUGCAAAUCAAGCAGAAACCAAUCUGGUGGGUCCUUCUUCUUCAACUUCUUCUUCUUAUGCUUGUUCUGCAUCUGCUAGUACAGUUGCUGCUGGAUUAUCAUUGAAUGGAAAGAGAUUUCAGGGUCCAUGA